UUGAGUGGAUCAGUGUGUGUAACUUGUCGCGGGGAUCGAACCCUCACUCACUCGCUCCAGGUCGAGACUCCUGUUGGAAGUAUCCGGAGGGAAGCGUCCUCCUGUCGGAUCAAGUCACUGGAAAAACACCGCGGUACCGCCGGAACACUCUGCGGGGAAACAAGCACCAGCAGCGGGCUUGAAUCCGAGCCGGAGGAGAGCAGAGGGAAAGCGGGUCAGAGGACCACUGAUCGAUACCCUCGGUUUGUGUGCGUGUAUGCGCGUGUGUGUUUUCGUUUGGAAACACACACACACACACACACACACACUCUCUCUCACAGUCACAGGUUGCUAGCGGAGUUGACGCUAACCGAGCUAGCCACGUUAGCUUCCCGCGGCUAGCCGUGUCCUCCACCGUUUCCCCCACCACCACCACCACCGGGACCAAACAACCCGCCGGAGCCGGAGUUAACGUUCGCCGAGGCGGCCGGACCCUCCCCGCACGGGCCGCUCCACGCACCGGGUCACGAUGUGGUGUUUUUCGGGGCGUGUGUCCCGCUGGCCGGCUGCUAGCCUCGGCUGACCGGAGCCUGCUCCGCGGACAUGGAUUCUCCCCCCGGGUUCUGCUUCUCUCUCUAAAGCUGGACUUUGCUCUCGGGCCGUUUUAAGCCGCAGUCCUCCCCGGGUUUAAUCGCAUUCUGUCGGACGAGUGUUUCACUAAAUCCCGCCUGGCUCCUUUUCUCUGUGCGUGUUUUUAUUUUUUCGGGGAGGAGGAGGAGGAGGAGGUAAAAAGAGGAAGAAGGGGGAAAGAAAAAAAAGUUUGGGAGAAGUUGAGGAUUUUUUCCGAGCCUGUGGAAAAAUGGAUGCGGGUAUAGAGAAGGAAUGCAGCGCCUUGGGAGGGCUCUUCCAGCUCAUCAUGACGGACAUGAAGGCCAGUUAUCCGACAUGGGAGGACUUUGUGACCAAAGGAGCCAAACUGCAGUCACAGCUCAGGACGACCAUCGUGGUAACUGGAGCCUUCCUGGAUGCUUUUCAGAAGGUGGCAGAUAUGGCAACCGGGACCAGAGGUGCCACGAAGGAGAUCGGCUCGGCCCUGACCAGGAUGUGUAUGAGACACCGCAGCAUCGAGUCCAAACUCAAACUGUUCACAACGGCUCUCUCAGAAAGUCUCAUCACUCCGCUGGAGAUGAAGAUGGAGGAGUGGAAGAAAGCGGCCAGUCAGCUGGACAAAGAUCACGCCAAAGAGUAUAAAAAAGCCCGGGCAGACAUCAAGAAGAAGUCGUCCGACACCAUCAAGCUGCAGAAGAAGGUGAAAAAGGGGAAGGACCAGGCGCGGGGACAGCUGGACUGCGCUCUGCAGGACGUCAACGUGCGUUACGCUGUCCUGGAGGAAACGGAGAAGCGAGCCGUGUGCAGGGCGCUGAUAGAGGAGAGGGCGCGCUACUGCAACUUUGUCACCAUGCUGAAACCUGUCCUGGACCACGAGAUCAACAUGCUGGGUGAGGUGACCCACCUCCAGACCAUCCUUGGAGAUCUGAUGAACCUGACAGCUGAGCCCAACAAACUUCCUCCAGCCAGCGAGCAGGUCAUCUCAGACCUGAAAGGUUCUGACUUCAACUACAGCUACCAGACACCUCCUGCUUCUCCCAGUGGCACACUGUCCAGGAAGAGCAGCAUCAGCAGUAACUACCAGUCUGGAUCUGUGAGACACGUUCCCUCACUGGACUCCAUCAGCUGUGCUGUGGAUGGAGUACACAUCCAGGACACACUGGGAUCCAACAAUCAGCUGGCUGCUGGGGGAAGUAGAGGCCCGGAGAACGGGCUGUUGGCUCCACCACACAGCGUCUAUGGAGAGAGAACACGAGCCAUGUCUGCAUCUGGGAGGUCUUGCUCGGCCCGGGAUCAGCUGGCGUUGACCCUGGGUGCGUUGAAUUCGGACGCCCCGAGGAGCAGCCGGGACUCUCUGCACUGCUCCAGCGGCUACAGCACCCAGACCACCACCCCGUCCUGCUCCGAGGACACCAUCCACUCACACACUGUAAAGAGAGAUCCUCCCCUCUAUGUCGACUACGAGUGCAUCUCUCUCCACGGAGACACCGACUCCAUCUCCUUACACCACCUGUCCCACGGGAACAGCCAGUCCGACUUCGACAGGUCCUCCACCAUGCCGAGGAACUCUGACCUGGGUUUACAGUACAGGAAGUUCGCUCAGUCCAAACGCCCCGCCUCCACCGUCAGCCUGUUGGCCGACCCCGAGUUGAUGGGCGGGUCUGUCCGCCAGCUGCCGUCCCACACGGCGACCAUCAGGCGCAAACCGUCGUCCAAGCCCACGUAUCGCAGGGGGACAAUCAGCGGGGGGGUGCCCAUCCCCAUCAGCACUCCCAAGGUCCCCAUGAAAGCUGUCGGAGGAAGCGGGGGUAGCGAGGACAAUGUUUUCAUAGCGCCCCCUCCUGUAGGACCGGGAGGCUUAGGUCACAACAAACUCUGCAUGUCCACGCAGAGCCUCAGCGCCUUACCGCCCUCCUCCUCCUCCCCGUACUACCAGCUGGUCCCAGGCCACAUGCCCAUCCCAGUGCCUGGUCCCACUGUACCUUCCCUGCCAGCAGAGGGCAGCAACACCAGGCAGCAGCAACAGAGACAGUACCAGCAGCAACUGCAUCCGCAUCCGCACAACCAGCAACUCCAGAUUCAGCAGCAGCAGCAAUAUUAUCAGCUGCAACUUCAGCAGCAGCAACUUCAGCAGCAGCAGUUCCAGCAUCCGCAGCAUCAACAGGAUCCAUAUCAGAAGCAGGAGCCGCUUCAGCAGCAGGAUCAGAAGCAGGAGCAGCUUCAGAAGCUUCAGCAGCUUCAGCAGCAGGUCCAGCAGCAGCAAGCUCUGCUUCAGCAACAGGAUCAAUAUCAGCAGCAGGAGCAGCUUCAGCAGCAGCAGUUCCAUCUUCAGCAGUCUCUGCUUCAGCAGCAGCAACAGGAUCAAUAUGAGGAGCAGCAGCAGCUUCAGCAGCAGAACCAGCUGCAGAAACAGAAGCUGUUCCAGCAGCUGCACCAGGCCCAGGCCCAGCCCUCCUCCCCCCAGGCAGACCUCUCCUGGCCGGACCACAGCACUCACCCCCAGCCCCAUUCUCCUCCGCCCUCCAGCCAGGAUCAGAACCCGGAGCCGCUGACCCAGGACGGUGGAGGGGGAGGGGGGCGAGACAUGCUGACCCUCAUGAGAGGAGUAAAGCUCAAAAGGACCCUCACCAACGAUCGCUCCGCCCCUCUUCUGCCGGCCCCAGCCAAUCACAAAUGAGGCUGAGUGAAGGACUGUUUUGCUUCCCAGGGGGUUAACGUUACGUUUGAUGGGUUCAACGCCCACAAGAGGCACCUGAGGGUGUUGGCACAGACUUUGCAAACACACUGACUAAUCGCUGGUACUUGACGUGUAUCGUGUUUUAUUUUCUUCCCUUUAAGAACGUUUUAGAUUUCUGUUUUAAAACAUUUUCAGACGUUGAUGUCUUUUCCUGUUGCUGUUGCAACCGUCUUUCUGCUUUUUUCUGCUUUUUGUUUGCAUUUUGAUUGUGCAUAAAGUUUUUUGUUUGACCCAGUCCCGCCGCAAGAGCUGAUUGUUUUAGUUAGCGCUCACCUCCUGGUCAGGUGACCGUUCUGCGGCUUGUUAAUUGGCCCAAAAUGAAGCUGUUAGUGUCUCAGAUCCUUUUCAGUCCCUUGUGCGUUUGAUUCGCCUGUUGCCUCCUCCUCCUCCUCCUCCCAGUAGGAGGGUGGGGUUUAGUCACCAGUCCAGUAGCUCCACUGUGUCACGUGGUUGAACCGCAGCGUGUGGAGCUUUUAAUUUGCUUUAAUUUGUCGUAGAUUGUUUCAUUCGUCUCAAAGAGAUGAACACAGGACCAGACUCUCCCUGAAUAAAACAUCAACUACUGUGUCUGUAGACUGAAAAUACAUCAGAACAAAGAAAGCUGAGGGAACACGGGGGGGGGGGGGGGGGACUUGAACUUGAUUUCCUGACUUCCUCCCGUUUGAGUGGCAGCAGUUUCUGGCUCCGGGACGACAGACGGUGCCACUAUAUGUGGAAAAGGAUUAAAAAUGUUACUGCGGGCAAAUGUCUGGUUUACUGUGUAAGUGAUUCUCUGGUUGACAUGUGGAACGGUUGUAAUCAUAAGAAGAAAAGAGACGCUCCGGUUUGUUCGCAACUUUUAGAGGCAACAAGAAAACAGUGGCUCUUAGAAUAAAGAAAAAAGUAGAGUUCAGAUCUGUGAUGUCUUAAGAGCAGACGUGUUUAAAGAGCAGAUCGAACACUCUGCUACAACAGAACAUUUUAGAUCUCAGUUUAAUAACUAAAGUCUGACCCACAUACAAUGUGUGAGGCUGAUGAUGAACAAUAACAGGAAGCAGUCUGUUUUAGCACAAGAUCUAUAGAUCUGGUUUCUUCCCGAUCCAGAUUCUGAUGCCUGGAGUUUGCAUAUACAAAAAAAAAAAAUCCCUUUCCUGUUUGAAAAAUCCAAAUUAACAAUAAGCUUAUGAGAUCUGCCAUGUUAAAUAAACAUGUUAAAACAUGUGACUGCAUCUUCUCUCACUGAGGUUCUGUUAAACUUAGACUUUUAACUUUUCAUUAAAAACAUUAUUUAUCUGCAGAGUUUGGUUUGGCUCCAGUAGCUGGUUCUAUUUGGAUCCUGUUCCCAAACAAGUUGUUUAAAACUGAUCUCCUCUCAGUUCACAUGCACAGUUUAAUGCUCUGGACUGUAGAUCUGAUCCGUUGCCUCUACAAGUUGCUACUGGGGCGUGGACUUGGCGUUGGGACCAGUUAGAGCAGGAGAACUGGGCCGUGGAUCCCAUGAAGCACCAGGGUCAGGACAUCGGUCACUGGAUCGACUCUGUGGUUAAAUCACAUUAGCAGGAGUUUGAGUAGAGUUGCUGAGUCAUUGUUUUCUAUCGGAUUAAUAUGAACACAUUUUUUUAUUCCUUAAAAUCAUUUAGUGUGUAAAAUAAGAGAAAUUAAUAAAAAAUGCCAGACCACCACCAGAGAGCCAAAGGUGUCAUCUUCAAAUGUUCAAACUAUUUGUCUGAUCUUCAGUUAAUAAUCAUAAAAUCACCUUAAAACUUUCAACAUUUUUUGCUUUAAAAUUGUCUUAAUAUAACAAUAAAUACAAUAUCAAAACGGUGGCCAAGUCAUUUUUGUCGGUUAUUCGAUUCAACCAUACUUUUCAUUUUCAAAAAAAGUGUUUCAAGUCUGUUUCUGAUGUUUUUUUAUGUCAAUAUGUAUAAAGUCAAAAACCUAUAAAACUAUUCAAAAGAAUUAAAGAUCUGAAGGUUUUAGCGAAAGUUGCAACUUAAGAAAAUGAAAUGGAGUACAUCAAAAUAUGAAAAUAUGUUUUUCUCUAAAGUAGAAUAGAGUUCGAAUGAAAUGAUAUUUAUUAAAACUGUUAUUUAGAUAUUUUGUUUGUUGCAGAUCUGGUACAGAUUAAAAAACCAUGACACAUGAUCUGUUUCAGAUUUUCUGAUAUUUGUUGAACCAGAAAACCAAAAUAGUUAAAUACCUGCGGGUUUAAAGUGAAAUUUACAAGCAACAGGAGUCAGUUAUGGAAAUUAAAUGUCAGUUUGACCUCUGUGACCCCGGCUCCGGCCCUGCUGGGAAGCUGCCUGCCAGAGACCAGCUGCAUGCUGGGAAAUGCAGUCCAGUCUCUGAUCCUGGUUGCACUUAAGAGGAAAGGUUUCUGUUUAUUUUUGGAUGUUUUUUUUGCAGCUUUUUCAAGUGUUUUAUUUUAUUGUUAUGAAAGUUGCCUUCUGAUCAGUCCGAGAGCUUCUGAUAAUCAUUUGAUUGAUUGAUUGAUUGAUUGAUUGAUUGAUUGAACCCUCAGUUGUGUAUCUAUCAAUGCUUCAUUCCUGGGAGUACCCAAAAUCUAAAUAUAAAAUGUAUGUGAACAUAUCCUGAUUGUAUUUUUAUUGAUUUAAUGAUCUGACGACUUGAUCGAUCGUAUUUUUGUAGAAAAGCUUUAAAGGAGGAAACUCUGUGAACUUCCUGAGGUUCGAGGAUCUGAAGCCUGAUUGGACGAUUGACUGGAGAAACGACGACAACCAACAGAAUGUAGAAAUGUGUUGUUCUUCAUCUUUUCACGUUCACUGUGGGAUCAAUAAUAAUAAUUACAACUGAUUCAUCA